AUGCCUAACUUGACGCCCACAGACGUCAAGCAUGAGCUCGAAAAAUUACAUCACGACCUAUUUUUGGAGGAGACCGAGGACAACUGGGAAAAGACUGCGAGGUCCAUGAACGCCUUCAGCAAGAUUUGUACGGACGGUGGAUAUGAAGUUGCAGGCCUAGAGGUGGUCAAUGCAUUCCGAGGUGCCCAUCGGCCCAUCAUCGGUGCCAUGAACUCAGAGCGCACACGACUCUCUGGUUGUGCCCUCGACCUGGUCAACUCGGUAGCCACUGCUGUUGGCAAGGAUUUUGAACAGCUCUUGUCCAUAUUCAUGCCACCCCUCCUUGCGCUCUGCGGCCGCACCAACAAAGUUGUCACCAAUCGUGCACGAAGCGUCAUUUUCAACGUUAUCGAAGUCGCGCAACUUGCCUCGGUCCUCUCAUAUUUCCUGCGGGACAUCAAGGACAAGUCAACCUCGCUGAGGCAGGUCAUUGCAGAAGGCACGUUAGCGGUUCUCAAUUCCUGCAAUCCCCCGGACCUAGAGAAAGAAGCGAGGGCGAAGGAGAUAGAGGCUAUCAUUCGUGGCACCGCUCGUGAUGCCAAUGCAGACGUCAGGAAGGUUAGCAGGAAGAUAUUCGAGUCGUAUAAGAUUUUGUUGCCUUCUCGGGUUGAAAGCUUCACCGCACCACUAAGCCCUACGAUGAAGAAAUAUCUUGACAUAAAGUCAAACACUCUCACCACCCACAAGUCGACGUCCAACCUGCGGUCUAACCUGAACUUGAACCCCGAGACCAAAUCAUCCAGCUCCACGACUGCCCCCACUACAGCCACUACACGGCCUAAUGGUCAUGCUCGCACAGCUUCUGCCUCAACUUUCAACACUGGCACAACCUCGACUCAGGCCAAAAAUCUGGCAACAUCGCUGACAAGAGUCAGCAGGAAAGAACCAGCGGCCGCACCUUCAGCCCCAGUCCGACAAGUUCAGCCUUCCAGAGUCGUCUCCCAAUCCCACCACGAAACGCAGAGAGCAGUGCCUUCCAAUGUUGGACCCUCUCGGGCCACAGCUUCUCAAGAAACUAAACGUCCUAUCCCACCCCUAAGAUCUCAGCGCAGCAUUAUAUCACAAACUACUGGCUCGUCAACGGCUGCAGCCGUAGCUCCUCGUCGUUUGCAGUUGCACCCAAAUCCACCGGCUGCUAAUGCUGCUCCUCUUGCCUCAUCGGGACCGCGUCGAGUACCUAUGCCACCACCUCCACCUCCUGCACCGAAGAAGGAUGAAGCGCCAAAACGACCUGCCUCCAGAGUCGAUAAUGCUGCUUCAACGGCCACUACGGCGAGCCGAACUGCAGUUCCUCCUCCUGCACCUGUGAAGAAACCUGCUUCUUCCACGACAUCCAGCCUGAAAGAUCGAGUGCCGACCACCAAACCCCCUGUACCAAAAUUCAAACCUACCUCUUCUACGACCUCAGCUAACGGUGCACCGUCUGCCUCCACGGCCGAAAACAAACCCACAAUAGCGAAGACCAUCACGAAACCCCCUGUGCCGAAGUACAGGUCUACUCCUGCAGCACCAUCUGGGUCCGCCGCGGCGAAUGGCACUACCAAGCUUUUGGCAGUGGCUAAGGCGAAACCUAUAUGGGGUUCUGGACCAUCUGCGAAGCCGGCUACAUCGCAGAAAGGAGCUCCGUCAGCAAAGACUGUUGUAAAGAAGGCUUCGACAAGGACGAUCGCCCAACCUCCUGUUGCCGGAGCAGCGAAGAAUAUCCGACGACCAGUGACGCCUGCGAUGGUCGCGCUACCUCCUUCUCCUGCACCAGAAGAAGAAGAGAAGGCCGCUCCUAACAGUGAUCAAGAACUCAAGACAGAGGAGGAGAAAGUCGCUAUAGAACAUGUUGAGAAGCAAAUUUCUCCUGCCGUGUCACCUACUCCCGAAUCUGUGCUUGUCAGCGACGUAGGGGUGUCGGAGCAUAUUUCCGAGAAGAUGGAAGGUAUCGACAAAGGCACCGUCGAAGCCGAGUCGGCUUCGACCACACUAACAGACGACCACUCAACUGCUACAGCGAGCACCGUCACUGCACGUAUCCAAACCGCCUUCGGUUCUUACCGAACCGGCGCUGCACCCGCCAGUAUCACCACCAACACCAACCAACCUCCAAUGCGUCUCCCGACAUCCAACGCCGACCUCCUACUUCCCCGCACGCCCAACAACAACUUCCUCCUUCCGAACGCGUCCAACCCCGCCUUUGCGACGAAGACGCCCAUCUCCGCUCUCCUCACUUCCAUCGAGCAGGGCUUCCUCUACUCUCCCACCACGCCCUUGUCGCCCGCUGACGCCUACAUGCCUGGCCCGAAUGGCACUCCAGCAUCCUAUUGCCACCAGCGCGAUGCACCGCGCGUGGAGGGCCCAAUGCAACCGUUCAAUCACGCGUUGCACCAGCACGGUGGUGUCGGGUUUGGGGGAAUGUUUGGAGGUAAGAAGGAGCCUGAGCUGGUUAGGGGGGAUAUUGGUGUUGUCAACGUGAACAUGAACGAUCAGAAGAUGUUCGUGCCCGUCGCUCUGCCAGGGCUGGAUGAGAGGCUCGGUUUCGUCAACUUUAGUCAAUAG